AUGUCGGAAAAUCAAGUGAACAGUAGUGGACCACCUAUCCCUAAGUUAGGAGAUUCUUAUCUUUUGUUCAAGAAAGAAGUGAAAUUGUGGUCGGCAACCACAUUGAUCGAAGAAAAGCGUCAAGCAGGAUGUAUUGUUUUUAUGUUACCUCAGAAGGCUAAGUCUGAGGCAGUGGAAGUUCCACUUGAAGUAUUACAAAAUGGCAGAACAGACACAGUAGAAGGUGCUGAAGUAAAGACAUCGGGAUUAGACUGCCUCCUGGAGGUCCUUGAUGGAAUUUAUCUUGAAGAUUUGGCUAAGGAAAAGUUCAAGACUUAUGACAUGUUCAGAAAGUUAAGUCGGGAAGGAAGCCAAGAUGUCAAGGAGUUUAUUUCGUCAUUCGAAAAAGUUGUAAAACGAAUGGAAGAGCAUGAUAUUAAGCUUCCACAACCUGUUCUAGCGAAAUGGAGCAGCAUGCAUAUUACAGCCAAGGAAGAAGUGGCUAUUCGGGAAGAGGAUACCGGGGAUAUGGCUUUAGAAGAGGAAAUGGUAGAGGAGCCAGAGGAUACCGACAACAGAAUCAACAGCAGGAAAGUCAACAUCAGAGAUUGUCCAGAACGCCGCAGAAUAAACAAAAGUGGAAAUCAGGUAACGAGUGAGAAUGUAAAUCUCUUUAUGAAUGCUCCUGCCCAAGAAGAGAACUCAAAUGUUAUGGACCAAUUUACCAGUGACAACUUUGGGUUAGCAGUUCUUGACAGUGGAUGCAACAAAACGGUUUGUGGAAAGGAAUGGUUGAAAGUCUAUCUUCAGUCGCUGUCUCCAGAAGAUCUCAUUAAGGUGUGCUAUGAAGAGAAACAUGUAUCGUUUAAAUUUGGAGAUAAUGCACCAUCAAAGUCAAGGACAUGCUGCACAUUCCCAGCCGUUGUAUGUGACAAACAGGUGAACAUUGUGGCACAAGUUGUUGAUGAUCAGAUUCCAUUACUGAUUAGCAAACAGUCAAUGAAAGAUGCUAGAAUGGUAUUGGACUUUGGAGAUGACACAGUGAAGGCUUUUGGUGUAAAGCAGAAAAUCAUCUUCAAUGAAUCAGGACACUGUAGCAUCCCUCUGAGCAAGAAUACUAUCCAUCAACAAGUCUGCUUAUGUAAAUCAGGAGAGGAAAUUGUAAACCUGACCAUGGAAAGUACUGACAAAAGAAAGAUAGCGAUUAAGCUACAUAAGCAAUUCGCCCAUCCCCCACCUGAAAAGUUAAAGUCACUCUUAAGAACAGCAGGACAGCUUACCAAGGAAAUUGCUCGAGAGAUUGACACAGUAUCGUCUAACUGUGAUGUGUGCAAGAGAUACAAGCGACCGAAUAAUCGUCCAGUAGUCUGUAUGCCUUUAGCCAAAGACUUCAAUGAUACCGUUGCCAUGGAUAUUAAGGUGUACGACAAGAAUAAAAACAUUUACAUCCAGCACAUGAUUGACCAUAAAACCAGAUUCUCUGCUGCAAAAGUUAUCAGGUCAAAAGACAAGGAAACCAUUGUGGAAAGUGUCUUUACACACUGGAUCAACACUUUUGGACCACCGAAGAAGUUCAUGAGUGACAAUGGAGGGGAAUAUGUUAACAAAAGUUUUGUUGACCUCUGUGAGAAAUUCAACGUUCAUAUCAUCACUACUGGUGCUGAAGCACCUUGGAGCAAUGCCCUUGUAGAACGGCACCAUGCACUUUUGUCUAACAGUAUGAUAAAGAUCAUGGAAGAUACUAAAUGCUCAGUUGAAGUUGCUUUAGCAUGGGCCUGUCAUGCCAAGAACACUUUGGCAAAUGUAAAUGGUUUCUCGCCAUAUCAGUUAAUCUUUGGCAAAAAUCCAUCUCUCACUUCUAUUGAUGAUCCCUAUGCUAGUCCAACGAUUGUUGAAGAUGAGAGUCCAAGUGAAACUGUUGCCAAGAACAUCUCUGCCAUCUACAGUGCUCGAAAAAGAAUGAUGGAAAGCGAAGCUAGUGAGAUGAUCAGACGAGCCAUUAGAUCAAAACUAGAGAAGUAUGAGCCUAAUCCCACUGUUGAAGAAUUUUACAAUGCAACUCAAAUGCUGAAAAAUGAUGUUCUGUUGAACGCUUUCGAUAAUGCUCCUGCUGAAGAGGAUGAUAAUAAUACUGUAAGCACAGAUAAUAUACCACAAAGCAACGAAACUAAUGUAGAGGAAUCAAUGUCUACAAAGGAGCAGAAGUUCUGCAAAGCUAAGUCAAAGUAUGAGAAGAAGAAGGUCAGUAUCGAAGUGUUAAACACUGACCCAUAUAAGUCACAGAAGACUGACGAAAUCGAAAAAUGGAAGCAAAACAAUGUGUAUGAAGAGGUUGAGGCUCACGAAGUAGAUGAUCAGUUUGUCCCCAUUUCGACAAGGUGGGUCACAAAUGACAAUGGUCAUAAGAAAAAGGCCCGUUUGGUAGCUCGAGCAUUUCUACAAGGUAAACCAAUUGAGCGACUAGUUUAUCUUACCCCUCCAAAGGAAUGCUAUAAACCAGGAAUACUGUGGAAGCUGAACAAAUGUGUUUAUGGACUGUCAGAUGCUGCAAAGAUGUGGUACAGAAAUGUAAAAGACCACAGUGAACAAGCUGGUUUAAAGAAAUGUUUAUAUGAUGAUGCUCUGUUCUUUUCAAGAGUUGACAAAGAAGAUCUUGCAGGAAUAAUGACUGUACAUGUAGAUGACUUCAUCUAUGCAGGGACCAAAGGUUUUGAGUCUAAUAUUCACAAAGAUGUGCUGCAUGGAUUUGAGAUUAAGUCACAGGAAGCAUCGCGAUUCACAUAUCUUGGACUUGAGGUGGAGCAAGAUCCAAUCUCAUAUGAAAUCACUGUUGGACAGUCAGAUUAUAUCAGUGCUUUAAAGACCAUAGGACUAUCAAGUAACAGAAGAAGCCAGAAAACACAUGCUCUGACUCACGAAGAGUAUGUACAGUACAGAUCAGGUGUUGGACAACUUAUCUGGUUAUCUGUCCAAACCAGACCAGAUAUUUCGUUUGAUGCUUGUCAGUUGAGCAAUAAUCUGAAAGAUCCCAACGUCUCAGACAUAAUGCUUCACAACAAGAUAGUCAAAAAGCUUAAAACUGAUGAAGAUGCCCCACUGACCUUCAGAGAACUGCCUAACAUAAAGAAUGGAGUAAGACUACUUACAUACAGUGAUGCAUCGUUUGGAAAUCUUAGUAACAAUGGUAGUCAGUGUGGGUAUCUGAUACUUAUUUCGGAUAAAGAUGGUAGAGUCAAAAACCCUGUCUGUUGGAAAUCUGUAAAGUUGGACAGAGUCUGUUACAGUACUUUAGCCGCUGAAAGCCUUGCACUCCUGAAAGCGGCUGAUCACACCAUUUUUAUUCAGCAAACACUACAACAAAUACUGGGAGAUUCUUUAAAUGUGACCAUAGACUGUUUUAUUGACAAUAAAGGACUUCUAGAGCUUGUACAGAAGACAAAGGACCCCAUUGAAAAAAGACUGAUAGUUACCAUGGCAUCACUAAGGGAAAUGGUUGAGAAGGGUGAAAUAACUGUUAACUUUAUGCCCUCAAGGGACGAUGCCUGCUGA